CUGUCUUCUCUCCAUAAAUGGAAUGUCGCACACGGUGGUUGUCGGUCGGUUACAGGAGUGGCGCUAGUUGGAGAGAGCCGUGUCAAACGUCUGUUUAAGGAACUGAGUAAAAAUCGUCACCGUCGUCGAUAUUAAUGGUGGACCGCAACUAUUCACCACAAAACAACCCUAACACUACUGAGUUAAUCUUUUCUUCGUUUGAAGAAAUGGAGAAAGAACUGAAAAUAUCACCGCCUUCGAACGAAAACGAUUGUUCUUCGCCAGAAACCCUAAUGUCAUUUCUUGAAGAAUUUCAAGCCAAUUUGGAUUCACUACCCAAUAUUCUUCAUAAGAAGUAUGCCUUGUUGCGUGACCUAGAUAAGAGUUUACAUGAUAAUCAAAGGCAAAAUGAACAGCGUUGUGAGCAAGAAAUUGAAGAUAUUAGACGAGGAGUAAGGUCUGGAAACAUCACACCUGAUACUUUAGUUAUUAGAUUCUCUGAUGAAGCACUAGAUGAGCAAAAACAUAGCAUCAGGAUUGCUGAUGAAAAAGUUGCCUUGGCUGUCCAAGCAUAUGAUUUGGUAGAUACUCACAUACAACAACUUGACCAAUAUCUGAAAAAGUUUGAUGAAGAGCUUCGGCGCGAAAGAGAAAAUGCUGCAAUAACUGGAGUGCCUGCUUCAAUUCCUGAUGGUAAUACAAAAUCCGGAAAGGGUAACGAAGGCGGUCGAGGAGGCAGAAAAAAAACACGCCAAACUCAAACAGCAUCUGUCGCAACAGCAGCGGCAGCUGCAGCAGAAGCACUAGCCACAUCUGCAAACCCUACUGGCAUGGAUUUAGAUUUACCAGUUGAUCCAAAUGAACCUACAUACUGCUUUUGCAACCAAGUUAGCUAUGGAGAAAUGGUUGCCUGCGAUAACCCUGAUUGCAAAAUAGAGUGGUUUCAUUUUGGUUGUGUUGGCCUUAAAGAACAACCAAAAGGAAAAUGGUACUGUUCAAAUUGUGCAGCAACAAGAAAUCGCCGGAGAGGCAAAUGAAGCUGACAGAAGAAUAAGAUCAAUGUUAAAAUGUUUGAAUGUAUAUUCUAAUAUUCUUAAUAUUUUUAUAAAGGGUAGAUUUUUUUCUUGAUUUAUCAAGGCCCUGAAACUUUUCUUAUGUAGCUGUCAUUGCUGUGAAAUAUUGAAAUUAUAAAUUUCCAAAAGACUUACUAUCUCA